UGAAUGCCUUCGUACGAGCAUUUACCAAAUAUGGCCCGGUGAACGAAUACGCUGAUGCAUGUAUGGAAGACUCAGUUCCAAACUGCUAUAUCUGCAUUGAUUAUGCCCACUUUAGAAGGUCAUGGGCGGAUUUCUUGAGUGAAAAAGUUAAAAGCAAAAGAAUUAGAAAAUUCUAUUUGGAGUCCGUCACUUAAAUAGUUUUUGCGAGAAGCAGAAAAGAAGCUCAGACCAUCAUAAUAGCCCUUUUAACAGUAUCGCAAGACGAAACUGAUGGAAGAAGGCAACUGAAUGGAGUUGAAAUAACCUUUUGCGAACAACAACGAAAAAUAUUAUUGGAUUUAAUUUUCCGGAAUCCAGUCGUGAUUUCAGAAGACGAGAGAUCCGAACAACAGAACGGAGAGUCAGGUGCACGUGAUUCCCCAGUGUUCACAAGCAAUAGAUAAUGAAGAAGAAAGCUUUGGAGAAAAAUGUGUUUGUUAAUCAUGCAAAACUAACCAAAGCGCCACAAAAAUUCUCUCUUCUCGGGAAUUUGGAAACUGGAAGGGUAUCGUAAAACACAAAAAAUCGGAGUAUUAAAGAGAUAAUUUUCUAGAAAAUGAGUUUUUAGACAAUGAAAAUCUUUCAGCGAUACCCGUAUUUAGAAGUGGCGAUAAUUUAAAAUUAGCAGCAUUAAAAAUUAACAAAAAAGCUGUUGUUUUGCGGAAUACUUGUGCAUUCGAUAGCUUUUUUCACGUAGUCUUAACCGCAUUCCUGGAUAGACAAAAGCUUUGCGAGGAAGUUAAAAGAAUGUCAUCAGAAAGCAGCUUUCAUUCAUUGAUAUUACAAGUGUCGAACAAGAAACUAGGGCCUACCGCUUAUCGUCGGCGAGCCGAAAUUUUAAUGGAACUUUUUGUGCUAGUAAAGGAUGUUGAAAAUUGCAUUCUUAUCCCAUGCGAAACUACGAUUGAGUACAUGGUUACGAAGCUCAUGGAAAAUUAUCCGAGUUUCAAAGAACAGUCAGUUUGCAAAAAUAAAGAGUGCCCUACACGUGAAAAGAAAAACGUAAAUAUAAUUCUAGAUGUAGCUGCAACAAUGCUUAAAGAUGACUUUAAUUCCGCUAUUGAGAAUGAAAUGGUUCUCGAUCUUUACACCAAAUGUCCUGUGAAAUGGUGUAACGAUUACGAGGAAACACAGAUUUCUGAAACAGGAUCCUGCAUAUUCAUUUAACCAACCACGGACAAUCUAUAAAUAACAUUAGGCUUGAUUCCCACAUCGUUAAAACUCUCAUGUAUGCCACAAGAAUACAAACUGGCUGGCAUAGUGAACUUCACUCCGUCGAUACAAACGAAAAGCAGAGGAUCAGCAGAAGAUGGAUCGAUGGGACAUUACACAUCCAUUUCGUACAGAAGAAACUUAAAAUGGGUUAAAUACGACGACCUAGGAACCAAAACUCAUCAAUUCCCCAUGACACUAUCACAUGUCCUGCUUUGAUAAUUUACACUUGCUAAGUUAGAACAUUGAAUACUUUUUUUUAACAUUCUAAAAAGAUAAAUUGACGAUUGAACCUAC